AUGCCGUCCGAACCUGUUCGAAGCAUCACAAGCACAGGAGACACUGCUCAACCAAGCGGUCAGAACGUAUGGUCGCCCCCACCAUAUUCCGCGCAGCCGCAGCCGAUGCCGAUGCCCACAGUGCCCACAACAGCUUCGAGCACCUCAUCCGGCGACUCGCCAUAUUCGUUCCUCCGCGAGUUCGACACAAUUUUUCUCGUUGACGAUAGCACGUCCAUGCGUGGGCAUCGCUGGAGGGAGGCUGAAGAUGCGAUUGCCGCUAUCGCUCCGAUCUGCACGCAGUACGACAAGGACGGCAUCGAUAUCUGGUUCCUCAACCACCGCAGGGAUACCGUUCGAAGGGGACCAGGAUCGUACAACAACAUCACGCUGGCGGACAAUGUCCGAGAGAUCUUCAACAGCGUGUAUCCCUCGGGUCCCACGCCAUUUGGACGCCGCUUGAUGGACAUUCUGACUCCGUACAUGCGUGAUCUGGAGAAAAAGGUGGCUGCAAGCGAUGGGUUCGAUGACUCCGCCCAGCUUGUCAAGCCCUUGAACAUCAUCGCCAUCACCGAUGGGGCGUUCACGGAUGACGCAGAGAGUGCUAUCGUCAAUGUGGCCCAGCGACUCGACAAGAUCUCGGCCGUGCCCUGGCAGGUCGGGAUCCAGUUCUUCCAGAUCGGCGACGACCCCGUGGCGCGACAGUAUCUGCAGGAUCUAGACGAUGAGCUGGAUAAGAUGACACAUCAGAAGAACCUCCGCGAUAUGGUCGACACGGUGCCGUGGCGCGGCAACAAGGGGCAAACGCUGACUGCGGACGGCAUCCUCAAGUGCGUGCUUGGUGCAGUGAAUCGGAAGUUUGAUAAGCGGGACGGGCACCAUUGA